AUUGCGUCUGCCUUUUUCUGAUGAAGUUUGUUGUACCAAGAUGGUAAGUCUUUUAAAGUGAGAUACAUUCUGUUAUCAUCUGUGUAGUUAUCGCUCUUUUUUGUAAUUUUAAGUGAAAAUGGCUCGUGGUCCUAAAAAGCAUUUGAAGCGUUUAAACGCUCCCAAAGCAUGGAUGUUGGACAAAUUGGGGGGUGUUUUCGCACCAAGACCCUCAACUGGUCCCCAUAAAUUGAGGGAAUCACUUCCUUUAGUUAUAUUUUUGAGAAAUAGGUUGAAGUACGCUUUAACCAACUGUGAAGUAACUAAAAUUGUUAAGCAAAGAUUAAUUAAAGUUGAUAAUAAAGUCCGUACUGAUCCCAAUUAUCCUGCUGGUUUUAUGGAUGUUGUCACCAUUGAUAAAACUGGUGAAUAUUUCAGACUCAUCUAUGAUGUUAAAGGCAGAUUCACUAUUCAUCGUAUCACAGCUGAAGAAGCUAAGUACAAACUCUGUAAAGUGAAGAGAGUACAAACUGGACCAAAGGGUAUUCCUUUCUUGGUGACGCAUGAUGGACGUACCAUCCGUUAUCCUGACCCAUUGAUCAAAGUCAAUGACUCUAUUCAAUUGGAGAUUGCUACAUCUAAAAUUUUAGAUUUUAUCAAAUUUGAUUCUGGAAACCUUUGUAUGAUCACUGGAGGUAGGAAUUUGGGACGUGUUGGUACAGUUUUGAAUAGGGAACGUCAUCCAGGAUCCUUCGAUAUUGUACAUGUUAAAGAUGCUAAUGGUCAUACCUUCGCCACCAGGUUGAACAAUGUUUUCAUCAUUGGUAAAGGAAGCAAGGCCUUCGUCUCCCUCCCAAGAGGAAAGGGUAUCAAAUUGUCCAUUGCAGAAGAAAGAGACAAGAGGUUAGCCUCCAAAACCCAUUAAUUAUGGAUUUAUAAUUAAAGCUAAGAAAACCCUAAA